CGUGCGCUCCGGCAGCUCGCCGCACGCUGCGCGCGACGUUCCCGCGGACGGCUUCGCGGGCGCGGAUCGCAGAGACCCGGGGGCCGGAGAGGAGCUUGGCGCGCGGCCCUGGUCCCACCCGGGGCGCCGGAGCGCGGCCGGAGAGGUCGGGGCGUCCGCACCCGCAGUGCCAAUGGACACUUGAUCCCGUGGCUGCCUCUCUUUGAAAAGCAAGACGUUUUGUUGUGCUGAUCUAGCUGCCUGCAAUCUUUGCUGAUGCUCUCAUAAAAAACCAACAUGCUGAUUCUGUCGAUGUUAACCCCUGUGUGAAACGGACUUUUAACACACCUGUGCGUUCCCUGGCCCUCCAUGAAAGAUGUCUGAACCUGACUCUUCAUCUGUAUUUUCCGGUAACGUGGAGAAUGGAACUUUCCUUGAGCUCUUUCCUACAUCCCUGUCCACAUCGGUGGACCCUUCCUCGGGCCACCUGUCAAAUGUAUACAUCUACGUGUCCAUAUUCCUCAGCCUUUUAGCAUUUCUGCUGCUGCUUUUAAUCAUUGCUCUCCAGAGGCUCAAAAAUAUCAUUUCCUCCAGUUCCUCCUACCCAGAGUACCCGAGCGAUGCUGGUAGUUCUUUUACCAAUCUGGAAGUCUGUAGUAUUUCCUCUCAAAGGUCCACUUUCUCAAACCUUUCCUCAUGAAGAAAACAGAAGAAUUCCUGAAGGCUGCAGCAGCCUUGGUUUUCCCUUGCGGGAAGUGUCGCAUAAAGUAGUUGCCUCGUGAAAGAAAUAGCCCCUUUCUUUUCCAGCCGAUGAGACCUGUCUCUCCUCCUUCACCCCUCACUUCUCCUUCCACUCAUGAUGCUUUUCAUUUGUGAAUGUAGGCGUUGAUGCUGACUCAGAGAAAUGUGUGCAAACCUUGAGGGGCAGAAUUUCACAAAAACCACCUGACAAAUCCGGAGCGGACUUCUUCAAGGUGGAUCGGUCAUUUCACUCUGCCGGACACCGGAGGCGGAAAUCACGUGAGGCGGCCUCACAGUGAGUGCUGGAUAUGGACUCUUGCACUUCAUUUCUCUCACAAAACCGUGAAACCAACGGAGCCAGCAGGAAAUGGCAAAAUUAAGUCCGAGCUAUUUGGAAGACCUAUUCCAUAUUUAAAAGAUAAAGUGGAAACAUCAAAUUAAAAAAAAAGAAUCCAUUUAGAUUUAAUGUAUAACAUUCCUAAAACCGGAGGCAAAAUACGCUAAAUGUCUUAUUUUCACUUUAACAAAUGAAAAUCACAUUUAAUGAUGAAUUAAGUCAUUAUGGAAAAGUUUUGGAAGAGUUUAGCUUUUACUAGCAAGACAAAGAUGUGUCACGAUGCAGUCUGUAAUGUAGUUUUGCCUCUUGGUUUUUUGGUUUUUUUCUACUUAUGUUAUAGUUCAUAAUACACCGACUGUUCUACAAGAGUAGAAUUCUUUGUGAUAAUUGCUGUUACUAAGAGAAACACCCUAAGAGACACUACGAAGUUUUUAUUUCAUAGCUAUACUUUCCACUAGUGGAAAUUAAGCAUAUGGAAAAAUAUUCAUUUAGUUCUGUUUUCUGCAGUAGUAACUCCUAGCAGUCAUGUGAGCAUGUUCCUUUAUUCAGUUUCAGAGUCUUUAUAAUUUUAGUGCAGAAUUUUGUUAAGGCUCCCAGAUGUCAGAUGUUUGUUCGCCCACAUUAGAUUGCAAAACUUAAGGAACUAAAUUGUUAUUUCACGUAUUAUUAUAUACUCCGUGAAUGUUACAUGUCUCUGAUAAUUAGUUGUUCCAUGUUAACAAAACACUUUGCAUUAGAACCCCAGGAUGUGGGUUUUUAUUAGAAAUUAUAGACAUUCAAGUUAUGUAGCUGCUGAGAACUUAGCGAUCCCAGGAGCAGCCAUACUGUGGUCACCCAGGCUCUGAACUUGGGGGCUUUGUCAGUGAAGUGUGGCUUACAUGUGAGCACAGACUUAGAAUAUGGAAGAAAUCAAGGUCCCCCUAAAAACAAAGCAAAUAAACUACAGCUUCUUUAGAGUAAGAACUUUAAUUUAAAAAUUAAAAAAUGGCCCACAGCAUAAACACUGAACCUGGUCAGCCUAUGGAGCCCACUGCAUCAACAUGCCCCAUCUUCCCACGGCACCUGGAUCGUUUCUUGUUCAAAACGUUUUCUAAUCUUCAGUAGUGGAGCUUCAGUACACUCUUCGGAUUGAUUGUGCAGGUGACACUGUCUGGUAACUCGAAUGGGAUUAGGAAUCCACCAUUUUUACAAAGUAGAUCUUGUCAUUUCCAAAAUGCUGAGACAGAUGAGGACUAGUAAUGAGGAUCUGAAGGUUGCUUUUUUUUUUUUUUUAAUCCACAUGCUUCACUUAAAUCAGACUACACUGAACUAUUUGUAUCAAAAGUGUUCCCAGACACCAUAAGACCUGCACAGAGUUGCUGUCUUAAAAUGUGUAACUCGUGAAAACUUUGCAUCUGCUGCCAUUUAAAGCAUGGCAGUGCGCUUCAGUAUUAUCAUGUAGGGUAACUGCUGGACUAGAAAAACUCCAUUACUUUAGAUCAUUAUCAGCGGUCUCUGUGUGUGGAUGUGUGUGUGUGUGUGUGUGUGUGUGUGUUAAUGCAUAUAUAUUUUUUCACACACUCCCAAUUAAAAGUUGGGUGAAAGCUAUAGGAUUACAAGAGGCAUCUGUGUUAUCACUUUUGCUUUUUGAUUAAUUUUGUGCUAUUUUAAUUAAGUAGGAAGAAAGGAUAUGGAUCAAGUGAUUUAAAAAAAAAUAAAGGAACAAGUUUGCCACACAAUAGGAUAAUCUGAGUAGAUCUGUUCUAAGGGGCAACUUUAUAUUCUUUCCUUCUGAAAGAGAUACAAAGGCUUCUGAAGGUAAAACUGCUUUAAAAAAGAAAUUUGCAGGUAGACUCCCCACCCUCCUUGCUGCAAUGGUUCUUGCUCUCCAGGUUAAGAAUUAGAAGCAACUUUCACAAAUGUGUACUAGGACUAGUCAAGCUUGCCAAGGUAACAGAUUGCACAAUUUGAGAUGAAUCUGUGUUGUCUAAGAAGUUCAGAAAGGUUGGAAGACUGGUUUAUAAAUAAAGAAGUAGAGCCCAC